AUGGCCCGAAUCCGCGGCGACAUCCACCCCCUCGCCCCUCACAAAACCCACCGCGCCGAAGCCCAGGUCGACGACGACUUCCUCACGAACAAGAAAGACAAGCGCACGAUGAAGCACUCCGCCUUCGUCUCCAAGAUCAGCAAGGCCAGCAGCAAGAAGACGCUCAAGCGCCGGCGCCCGUCCAAGAAGCUCGUGACGACAAUGGAGUCGCUCGCCGACGCGCUGCCGGACCUCGCGGACGACGGCGAGACGGCUCACAGCCUCGAGCAGCUGAGAGAGGGCAAGGUGCGGCACAAGAGUCUGAAGAGCAGGCCUGGCGCGCUGAAGAGGAAGGAGAAGGUUGUCAGGGGGGAGAUGGCGAGGUUUGGGGCGAGUAUGGCGGCGCUGGCGAAUGUGCCGGCUGCGACUGCGGCCAAGGUUGACGGUGGUGAUAACGUCGCCAUGGGAGAUGCGGCCGCGGAGGAGACGAGUGCCACGGCUGGACGGUGGGCGGCGUUGAGGAGGCAUAUUUCGAGUACGAUGGAGACGAACCCGGCGUUUAGCAGGCAGGGACCUUGA